GAAAAUCGUCGUUUGUCCCUCACCAAUUCUGUCUUCCCAUUUGCCUUUUUCUCUAUCUUCUCUAUUAUCAUAUCUUCUAUUUAAACGAGCGCAUCUGUCAGUUGUAAACUAUUAUCUCUUUCCCUUUACACUUCCGUAUUUGGGUCUCGAUCGUCCAGUUUUUUGAAGUGUCAUCUUCAACACAACCUUCAAAAGUCGAAAGCUAUCAAAAUGUUCGCGCAGAUACUCCGUCAGAUUAUUUUCUUCAAUCUAAUUGUCACAAUCGUCUCGUCAAUGAGUCUUCUCGAUGCCUACAGAUCUGAGAAAUUGACGCGACGUCGGAUAGGAAUGCAAAACACUGAUUUCCGUCCGAUUCUUCAUUUGCGCGGAGAAGAUGAUUGGCAAAAACAAAUCAAUGACAACUUCUCGCCCAACCAGUUCAUGGAUGAGAACGGUAUUGUAUAUGAUAUGGAUCCCACGAUCAACGACAGAAUUUCCACGUUUUUCAAUAGUCAGAGAAUCACCAGCAGUAGAUUUGGAAGGAAGAAGAGAAGCUUGAUGUUCCCGAGACUUUUUGUGUAAUCCAACUUAAAACUAUCUUGUUCGCAUUUUUUUUCAUAUAUCCGUUUCCUUCAUUUUUCAUAGCGUACUCUCGAUUUGACAUGUUCUCUCUAGUGAUGUGUUACGGGUAUUUCCUGAUGUACAUCUAAUCAACAUGCUAAGUCAGUCACACUCAAACAAAUAUACCACCUCUGAUCUCAUAAAAAUGAUUUUUCUUUCCAUGAUGUAUUUUUUUUCUUUUUUUAAAAUCAAAUAUACAUAAUAAAUAAUCACUUUUUUAUUAAGAAAAACUUAAACUUGAAUAAAUUAUUCAUAUCAUAUUG